AGUAUCAUGUUUCGUGAUUAGCCAACGACAAUUCCGAAUUUAUUGACGGCAAAUGGCGGGAUUAGUUUUUCUUUGAUACGCCAUCCUUGCGCGGGGUAAUACAAAAUGUAUGAGUAUUGUUCGAGCAUCGCCAUAAAUUGUAAAAUUCAUAUAAAAAUAUUUAACUUGGACGUAGUUAUUUAUGAAUGGUACAGGAAGAGAUUAUGUACAGGUUAUUUCUGAUGGAUAAAAAUGUCUCUAAUGACUGUAACAGAUGUUCAGUUAGAAUUCCUUAAUCGCAGUUUUAACGCAUGCAAAAUUUAUUUAUUUAUUAAGUAACAGAAUAAAUAAUAACUAAACUGCAUUUAAUUACAACUCUGAAAUAUAAUUUUUUCUUAUGAUACCGAAGGUAAACAUGAUUAAAUAUAUUGAGUUCUCACAAUUUGUUAGCCAUUUAUUAUACACUUUUCAUCCUAUCGCUGUGAAAUUUAUAAUAUAGUGUAACUAUCACAGCAGGAAGUUUCUUCCACUUUUAAAUACUAAUGUUGACGCUGAGUUGUGUUUACGGAAUCAUUAUGGGAGCCACCUUGAUCAAUUUGAAAAUGGAAAAAAAUUCAAAAGUGAGCGAAGCUGCCAGUUACCCUCGGUGCUACAAGACAGUCCUUUAAGAAACUCGAAAUGGAUCCUACAGGCUCUACAAGAUGUUCGGAACAAAUUUCAGCACAGCGACGUUUUUUUCAAUGGGCUGUCAAAUGGUUUUACACGGAAUAUGUUGAAGAUACAUCCACUAAGCCUGAUGUUCCAACCCUGGCUUGUCUCUUGAAAGCUACAGGAUUUCAAUUAAGACAGUAUGAAAAGCGAAACGAACAUUUAGAGGAUGAGAGACCAAAGAUGGAUAGUAUUAGAAUCACGAUCGAAUGUGGUACGUCUAAUAUGAAAGCGGUUUUAGAAAUGAAUGACGUUAAGUGUCAAUGUCCUGCAUCUGAGGAUGCUAAGGAUGGAUCCUUUUGGUGUGUCAGUGGUAUGGGACCUGCAGUCAGCACGGAUAGUAUCAACAAAGUUGAAGAGACUGGAAGUACGUUGCUGCCUCAAGUGCCAAAAGAAAUAAAUGGUAUCAUCCGGGACAUAUCCUUUCGCCUCUUUAAGAUGAUUAACAACAAGUCAGAUGUGAAUCAGAAUUCUGAGUCGGAUUUGAAUCUCUCAGCUAUUGGUGAUAGUACUAAAUUCAAAGUUCCUGAUAUAAAAGAUUUGGGUAUUUUUCGACGUCAUACUCAACCUGAAUUGAAUAUCUCGAGGUCAUUGGAUGCUUUAAAUACAAGAGGAAAGAAAGUUGUUAAAGUUUCACAGAAUGAAAACUCUAUGAAAGAACUAUGUUCCAGAAUGUCCGAUGCUUCCCAUACAAAGGUUGAGGCAAGUGAGAACAAAUUUUCAGAUAUUGUUAUCAUUGGUUCUUCACCUUCGUUGCCGACACGUAAACCACUGUUGAAACAGGCAACAUAUGACAUGGAUGUUGAUACACAGAGCAUGGAUAGUGAACCUCGUGCAUCUCCACCAAAGAUGUCUAGUUCUCCUGUGCUAAAUGAGCUCUGUAACUCUUUGGACCAAAUAUCGAUGCACAAUGAUGAAGAAAAUGUAAUUUUAGCGAAAUGUUUACUAAGAGCUCAUCAGAAUAUGGAAAAAGCUAUGAAAAUGUUACUAAAUAGGAUACCAAACUUAGAUGUUUCCAUUCAAGAUUCAGACGUCUUUAACAAGCCAAUGCCUUUACGCAGCUCCAGUUUCCGUGUAAGUCCAAGCGAUACAGAGUCUCGUUCAGGUUCUAGUUGUUCGGUGCCAAAUCAACCUACAAACAGAUUAUCCACUAUGCAAAAACCAACACCACGUAAGAGUACCAGUGGCAAUGUUCUGAAAAGUGCCGAGAAGCCCACACCAGCAACUUCAAAACUUCUCUCUUUACGUCGUAGAAGUUUUGGCAAUCCUUCAACAAGUGCUUUUGCAAAAUUCUCAAUCCCUGCAACAAAUGCUUCAAAAACUGCCAAUACUUUGAUGUUAUCUGCCAACAAAAGCGCAAAUGAAAGGGUCUUUCUCACUGCAAAGAGGCGAGUUUCACCAGAACUAAAGCCUAAUCUAUCACGAACUUACAAUCCAGAUGAAACUAUAAACUUGUCACUAUUAAAAGCGCCUGCUAAAGUACCCAGGGCUUUGAAUGUAUCGGUAAAGCCCAAGUCUUCUACUCCGGUAACAAGUGGAACACCGAGACAUUCCACUGUUAGUAAACCAUACGUGGGAACACCUCGUCCAUCUCUUCAGAUUUCCAGGUCACAUGGAGAGCCUAAAUCUUCAACAUCGACCGGAACAUCUAAACCAGCUCCCACAACUCCAUCAAAGUACGGAUUUCAAAAGAAGAAACCUUAAAGAGUGUUGGCUUAACGUACACUUUAAACGUUACAUGUUUUACUGGAUACAAACUUUUUUAUUUUACUUAACAUGUAAACAUGUCACCGUAAUUAAACGCGUUAAGUAUAUUCACACGAGAUCUAUUACAUGUUUUGUGUAUUUAUAUGAAUUAUUUUUAAUGCA